UCUCUCUGAGAAGGCUGGGUUGAGCCUACAAAACACCUGAGGGAAAACACGAAAGUGCAGUUGGUUUUCGGGAGCAGGGCAGGACGAUUGAACCAUCAUUCCCACCUGAAGAGCUCUGAGAAGGGACCCUGCGUCAUCGUUUUACAGGUGUGUCGCAAGAAGACGAGAUCCGAAGGAGCCAAAGGCGUUUAACCGAUCUGCUGAUAAAGCACGAGCACUGAACCCGUUACAGCAGUGAGAGGGCAGACGCCGAAGGAGAAGAUAAGAGUUGGGCUGCCAGCACUGAUCAGGACUCUCAUAGGAGGCAGGAGUUUGUAAGGUGCUUUUGUGUAGUCAAACGUGAAGCUGACGUCAGUGAAAAUGCUGGAGAUGGUGAAAGACCGAGUACUGGAGGUCUAUGAAAGCCUCUUAGCAGGAAGAGAAGAAAGAAACUCAUACAAGUAUGGAACAACUUGAGGACCCAAGGUUGAAGGAUUACCUCCUAAUGGAGAGUCCUGUCAGUAUGUCUGCUAUUCUGCUUGCUUAUCUUUUCUUUGUACUGUACGCCGGCCCUAAGUUUAUGGCCAACCGCAAACCCUACCAGUUGAAAGAAGCUAUGAUCGUUUACAACCUGUCCUUGGUUGUCCUCUCUGCAUAUAUCGUAUAUGAGUUCUUGAUGUCGGGGUGGGCAACGGGAUACACGUGGAGGUGUGACCCAUGUGAUUAUUCAAACAGCCCUCAAGGACUCAGAAUGGCAAGAGUCGCCUGGUUAUUUCUGUUUUCAAAGUUCAUUGAGCUUAUGGACACGGUGUUUUUUGUGCUGCGUAAGAAACACAGUCAGAUCACCUUCCUGCACAUCUUCCACCAUUCCUUCAUGCCCUGGACGUGGUGGUGGGGUGUGAGCUAUGCGCCAGGUGGAAUGGGCUCCUUCCAUGCCAUGAUCAAUUCUUGUGUCCAUGUAAUCAUGUACUCCUACUAUGGCCUUUCUGCUGCCGGACCUCGCUUCCAGAAGUUCCUCUGGUGGAAAAAAUACAUGACUGCAAUUCAGCUGAUUCAGUUUGUGUUGGUGUCUCUUCAUGUAACCCAGUGGUACUUCAUGAAGAGCUGCGACUACCAGGUGCCUCUGUUCAUUCACCUCAUCUGGAUGUACGGAACCUUCUUCUUCGUGCUGUUCUCUAACUUCUGGUACCAGGCGUACGUGAAGGGCAAGAGGCUGCCGAAGAACACCCAACACCUCGCCCAGAACGGCAAGGCUAAUGGAUCAACCACAGUGGCCAACGGCUCGUCGGUAGUUUCAAACGGCCACGGCGUGCAUGAAAACGGCCAGAGCAACGGGAAGAAACACCACGAGAAUGGAAGCACUCUCAACGGAAAGAUGAAGAAAGCCUGAGAGCUCAGGAGAAGAAGACCCAAAACGGAUGACCAGGAGAACCUGCACUAUGGCACUAUGGAGUCCAAAGAGUGUUUUGGGACUUUUCAUUUUCAAAUCUUGAGUUCUUUUUAAUGUGUACAUUAAAUAAGUACAUGGGGAUAUGAAUGCUUUUGACCCCGUUUGUAUAUUUUUUUUUUUUGUCGUAAAUUAAUCUAAAGAAUAAUUAUUGAGCAAAAUGUAUGAAGAGAAGAGGAAGAGUACUGACUGGAUGCAUCCUCCGCUGAUGUUGCUCAUGACGUUCAUUUAAACCGAACGAAUUCACGGAUGGGCAGAAACGCGCGCGCACACACACACACACACACACACAUCUGUGUGUCUUUCAUACUCCCCCAAUAGCAGACACUGUACAGUCAACAUCAGUAAAUUUGAAUUACACCUGUAAAUAGUUUUACCAUAUAAACUAACGGGAUUGAUACGGUAAAAGAUAUUGUUACUAUUGAAAUAAAUACAAAAAAAAAUAAAUUCCAUUUUAAAAUA